AUGCAGAAGCUGCCGAUUGAUGUUAUGUUCGACAUUGCCGAGCGGCUCGCCCCCCAGGAUGUUUGGAGUCUUAGUCGUGUCUGCAAACAGUUUGGUUAUCUCACGCACAAUGAAACCAUUGCAAAAGCGGCACUCGAGAAGCACGCUGCGUAUUCGAUCGAAAUGAAGGAGGCGCGACAGUCCGGAUGUUACGCCCAGGCAUUACGCCGACGAGUCAAGCUCCAAGAUGCUGUCACCACAGCCAAACCUUACUCGGUAGGCAUUGUCGCGUGGGCUGAUCAGUAUAUAUACUGCAACGGCAUGCUUUGCUAUACACAGAACGAAACCAAGGAAUUUUUCUUGCUCAAUCUUCAUCAGUCGGUGCCGAACGAGAUCGUAAUCAACGUGGACGAACUUCUUGCUACCACAAAUCAAACCCCUCCGAGCGAGAAGUACGAGCUCAGACCCAUACACUAUUCAGACAACAUCCUCUCUUGGCUGUACAUCCCGCUUGAGAAUACAGGCCGCAACAAACUUUUCGUCACCAGUAUCGAGAGACGUGUCACUUUCCCUCCCAUAGACAUCGACUCGCACCAGAAGCUGUUUGUCAGGAAUAAUUCGGAUUAUUUAUACUGCGGCACUUAUCCCGAUACUGGCAAUGACGACAAUAUCGACGAUGACGACGACAACUUCUGGAAGCUGCAGUGCUUCAACAUCGGGAGGAAAGAAUGGCUGAAUGGCGUGCUUGAACUCAAGGAAGUCGCCGGUCCUGAUAUUGGUGCCACCGCGGCGUUUGAGAUUUUCGGCCAUCAUUUCUACGCGGCUUCAAGUGUGCAGCCGACUGCAUUCGGCGAAGAUGUUUAUCUUUCACGUUAUUACGGCGUUCGCUAUCCCCUCGGUAUAUGCAGAGCCGAGGAUAAGCAGCUGCUAUCUGAGUCCAUGUUUCGUCGCGAUCACCGCGAAGGGCCGAUUGAUGACAGAUGGAGCACCCUUAGUCUCGAAAAGAACCCCAAAACAGGAGUCCUUGAGAUCGUGGAGUGCCGAAGGGAACACUCUGCUAAGGGCGACGGGAACUCGAGGACCGCGUACCGGACGGCAGUUCAGAUUUGCAACGGCGAUUUUGCUGACGAUUUCCUGGUUGGAGAAGGCAGCGAGCAGAAGCUCGUAGAGUUUUGUGGCUUUCAAGGCCAGGCACCAAACCUCAAAGAAUAUCCAUCAACCCCACACCGAGGGGACGAUGGAUUCACGGAGCCGUUGGUCACCUCUAACAAUUGCUUGAUGAGGUCUUAUAACAUCCACUGCGAAGCUUUUAUAGACCUUUUCAACCUUGCCGCUGCAGAUGGCCUGUCUUCUGGCCUAAACAUACGAACCAUAAGUCGUUCGCAGGCGGUAUCGCACGAGCAACCAGAUUCUCAAGAAACAGGGAAUGAAGCCAAUCGAGUUGAGAGUGUCAUAUCUUACUGGCCACCGCAGACGGACCCAGACGAAACCCGUGACGGAUCGGAAUAUUUGGCUCACGUCCUGCGUGUUCAAGAACCACACUGGGACAUUUUCGGAAUAGCUGAUGACCGUUCUCUUGUUUACAUCCAGGGAGGCCGAGAGACCAAAGAUCUGAAACCUCUGGUUUUCAUCUCUUUUGACCCUUCCAUCAAGCUGCCUGGGGUUUGCAAAUGGCUGGGGGCCCACUGCAGAGCAACAAACAUUUGA